GCUAACUGCUGCCAGUAGCGGCCUCUUACCUCUUGCCCCACCCCUUCCGCGAAGCCUUUAUUAAGUGACUGGCGGAGUGAGCCGGAAACUUCCGGUUAGGGGAAGAAAUUUGGGCGGUAGGAGGGUCCGCGGAGAGGGAGGAGGAGGAAGAGACCUGGGCCGGGCGGUGGCGGACCGUGUGGGUUGUACGGUGGUAGUGGCUUUCCCCCGUGCGGACGAUGGACAGCCAGGGCAGGAAGGUGGUGGUGUGCGACAACGGCACCGGGUUUGUAAAGUGUGGAUAUGCAGGCUCUAACUUUCCAGAACACAUCUUCCCAGCUUUGGUUGGAAGACCUAUUAUCAGAUCAACCACCAAAGUGGGAAACAUUGAAAUCAAGGACCUUAUGGUUGGUGAUGAGGCAAGUGAAUUACGCUCAAUGUUAGAAGUUAACUACCCUAUGGAAAAUGGCAUAGUACGAAAUUGGGAUGACAUGAAACACCUGUGGGACUAUACUUUUGGACCAGAGAAACUUAACAUAGAUACCAGAAAUUGUAAAAUCUUACUCACAGAACCCCCUAUGAACCCAACCAAAAACAGAGAGAAGAUUGUAGAGGUCAUGUUUGAAACUUACCAGUUUUCGGGUGUGUAUGUAGCCAUCCAGGCAGUUCUGACUUUGUAUGCUCAAGGUUUAUUGACUGGUGUAGUGGUAGACUCUGGGGACGGUGUAACUCACAUCUGCCCAGUUUAUGAAGGCUUUUCUCUCCCUCACCUUACCAGGAGACUGGAUAUUGCUGGGAGGGAUAUUACCAGAUACCUUAUCAAGGUAAGCAAAAGGAAAAUAUCAUAGAAGUUGUUAUAGAUU